GUGACCACGUUCAUCCACCUUCACAUGCACACAACAACAAAAAAAGAAUCAUCUUUUCUCUUCCCACAAACAAUUUCUAUACCUUUCCUCUCAAAAAAGUUACCUCUUUUUGUUCUCUUUAUAUAUUAAUUAAUUCCAUUUGGUUUUUCAUUUUCCCUUUCUUAGAACUAUUCACUAUCAAUGGCACUUCUUUGCUCUCAAACUUCUUGUUCUGUUUUUGCUUCAUUUUUCUUACUUUUUUUCCUACUUUCUCUUCAAUGCCAAAAGGGUACUUCUUUUCAUCAUCAUCAUCAUCAUCAUCAUCACCAUGAACGAGUUCAUCAUCAAAAACCCAUUUUGAAAGCAAAUAACAAUCAAAGCACUUGUGCAUUGUUUGUUGGAAGUUGGGUUUAUGAUGAAAGUUACCCUUUUUAUGAAUCUUCUAGCUGUGAAAUUAUAGACCCAGAAUUCAAUUGUCAAAUGUAUGGUCGACCCGAUUCUGAUUACCUUAGAUACCGUUGGAAACCCCUUAAUUGUGAGCUUCCAAGGUUUAAUGGAGUUGAAUUUCUGUUGAAGAUGAAGGGUAAAACUGUAAUGUUUGUAGGUGAUUCACUUGGAAGGAAUCAAUGGCAGUCUUUGAUUUGUAUGCUAUCUGCUGCAGCACCUCAUGCUCAGACACAAUUAGUCAGUGGAGAUCCUCUCUCCAUUUUCACAUUCUUGGACUAUGGUGUGAACAUUUCAUUUCAUAGAGCUCCAUAUUUGGUUGAUGUGGAUGUGAUCCAAGGGAAGAGAAUUUUGAGACUUGAAGAGGUAGAUAAGAAUGGUGACACAUGGAAGAAUGUUGAUGUGUUGUUGUUCAACACAGGACAUUGGUGGAGUCAUCAAGGAUCACUUCAAGGAUGGGAUUAUGUAGAAUUAGGAGGGAAAUUUUACCCUGACAUGGAUAGAAUGGCAGCUUUGGAAAGAGGUAUGAAAACAUGGGCUAAUUGGGUGGAUACCAAUAUUGACAGAAGUAGAACCCAAGUGUUAUUCCAAGCAAUUUCUCCAACACACUACAACGAAAACGAAUGGAAUGCAGCUGUUGGUAUGACAACAAAGAAUUGCUAUGGUGAAACGGCACCAAUCAGCGGAACAACAACAAACCUUGGAGGAGGAGCAACAUACACUGAUCAACAGAUGAGAAUAGUAGAUAUGGUGAUUCGAGAAAUGCGCGAUCCUGCAUAUGUUCUUGAUGUUACAAAGUUAUCAGAAAUGAGGAAAGAUGGACACCCUUCCAUUUACAGUGGUGAAUUGAGUCCUCAACAAAGAGCUAACCCUGAUCAGUCAGCUGAUUGUAGUCAUUGGUGUCUUCCUGGUUUGCCUGAUACUUGGAAUCAAUUACUCUAUGUUGCUUUAUUCUAUUAAUUAAUUUUGUUAGUUUUAUCACUAGCUAGGUGAUUUACAUAGCUUUAAUUCUCACUGUAUUAUUACUCUUUGCAACUGUGAAGUUAUAUAUAUACUAUAUGAUAAAAACAAAAGUUUCUUUGUUGAUUCUGAUUCA